AUGUCCAAUCCUAUCCUGGAGAGCCGCGUCAAGGCGAAGCUCAAGUCAAGAGAACAGCGAGGGAUCCUCCGACGCCUUGGUGGGACUUCAAAGUUGCACCAGGUGCGAUCGGACAAUGGAAUCGAGCGUUUUGGGAAGGCAGACUUCAGCUCGAGUGACUACCUAAGCCUUGCAUCCAGCGAUGCGCUGCGGGAAAGGUUCCUGGAUGCCCUGAAACAACACCCCUCUUCACAGAACGGAUCCGCGGGCAUCCUUGGUUCGGGUGGCUCAAGGUUGCUAGAUGGAAAUUCUCCAGUGCAUGCGGCUCUCGAGGCGGGCCUCGAAGAAUUCUUUAAUGCGCCAUCUGCACUGAUUUUCAAUUCAGGAUACGAUGCCAAUGUUGGACUCUUUUCAUCUGUCCCUCAAGCUGGAGACGUGAUCCUUUACGAUUCUCUGAUUCAUGCAUCAGUCCACGAUGGAAUGAGGGCCUCUCGGGUUCAUCCUUCCAUGUGUAGAAAGUUCAAACACAACUCGGUCUCUGAUCUUCGGUCACAAAUUGAAGAGAUCCUCAGAACAUGCCCAAGCAUUCGGGACGGAAAAGCAUGUGUUUUCAUUGCCGUCGAAUCUCUUUACUCCAUGGAUGGUGAUUUCGCGCCACUUCAUGAAAUUGUGACUCUCGCAGAGGAACAAUUCCCUUUUCAAAAUGCACAUGUCAUUGUUGACGAAGCCCAUUCCACUGGGAUAUAUGGAGAAAAUGGGAAAGGAAUAGUCUCUCUAUUGCGAUUGGAACAUCGAGUACUCGUCCGAUUGCAUACGUUUGGAAAAGCUUUGGCAUCGGCGGGAGCUGUUAUCAUGACUACUCCGUGGCUUCGUGAAUAUCUAAUCAACUAUGCACGACCCUUCAUGUAUACCACAUCAUUGCCUAUCUAUCACAUCAUCGCUAUGCAAUGUGUUAUCGACAUGCUGAGAGAAGGUGCUGUCCAAAAUCGAAUCGACCAUCUGCUUCACCUUUCAUCGUAUUUUGUCCGAACGUUGCGUAGUCGUCUCAACUCUAUCCCUGAUUCGGAAUCUAUCAUCGUCCUGCCCGAUCAGACGCACACUUGUAAUGACCACAUAUAUUCCCCAGGUCAACCUUCCAACAUGGUCACUGCCUCCUUGGUGUCGCCGAUCAUACCGUUGCUUACGCCAUCCUCAAACCCCCGGCACUGGCCUGAUGCUCUUGCCCGAUUUUUACAAACCGGAGAAAUGGAUCCCUCCGCCACGCCCUCGUCUCAUCAGAUGAAAGGGGUUGGUACUUUGGAUUACACGGCAAAACGUCGAUAUCUCGCAUAUGAUAUUACACCGCCGAUUGUUCCUCGUGCUGCAUCUCGAGUCCGAAUAUGCAUGCAUGCGGGAAAUACGAAGGAUGAGGUGGACGGUUUGAUAGAGGCAAUCGUAUAUUGGGUCAAUUCAGUUUUAGUGCAUGGGCCAGGGACCCCGCAAGAGCAGUCACAUGAAGUAAGCGGAGAAUCAAUGCCAGAGGGCCAGAUCGUGGCCAGAUCGAAGUUGUAA